AUGCACCCGGCCAUGUACCCGGCCAUGCACCCAUACACCGAACCCGAGGCGCAGGCGUGGGCGAGCUGGCGCGCUGGUGCUGGCGCGCGGGCAGAGCAGAGGCAGCAGCGGCAGCGGACACGCCAGAUGGCAAAAGCAACCAUGCAGCAGGCGGAGAGCCGCGCGCGAGCCGGGCUGCUGGUAAUCGUUAGCCCUCGGGCGCCCUCUGCUGCGCGCUCCACACCACACGUCCCGCGCGCCGCCGCUCAGCACUGCCGCCGCUCCAAGCUGCCCAACGCCCGUCGACGUCGCGUAACGCCGCCGUCCAUGCUGGAACCCAGCCACUGGCGGCCGUCGCCGCCGGUCUGCGUCUACCCCGCCUGCAUGGCCGCUGGCUACCGCUGGCUACCGCUGGCUACCGCUGGCUACCGCUGGCUACCGCUGGCUACCGCGGCCGCUGGCCCCCUGAGGCCGGGUCCCGAGCCCAGCAGAUAA